AUGGCUGCUCCAGCCCCGGAGGCCGCCUCCUCGCCGGAGGAAAUCCCGGACCUCGAGGAGAAUGCCGGCCAUGCCGAAAGGGCUCAGUGGGUGCUUAAUGCCCCCGAGCCCCCAAGUCCAUUGCGCGAGCUCAUUGAUUCUGUUAGGGACACCGUUUUACCUUGCGGAAACAAGUUCUUGUCCCUCAAGAAUCAGCCUGCAUCAGACCACGUCGUUUCAUUCUUGCAAGGUUUUUUCCCGAUCCUUGUUUGGUGUCGAAGCUACACAGCAACCAAAUUUAAGAACGAUUUGCUUGCCGGUCUAACUAUUGCUAGCCUCUGCAUCCCCCAGAGUAUUGGAUAUGCAACUUUAGCAAAGCUUGAUCCUCAAUAUGGCCUCUAUACGAGUGUGGUGCCGCCUCUCAUUUAUGCUGCAAUGGGAACUUCAAGAGAGAUAGCAAUUGGACCCGUUGCUGUGGUUUCACUGCUUUUGCCUUCAAUGAUUCAGCAGUUCCAAGAUCCUGUGGCUGAUCCAGUUUCCUACACAAAGCUUGUUUUGACGGCAACAUUCUUUGCAGGGAUCUUCCAAGCUGCCUUUGGAAUUCUCAGGUUAGGAUUUCUUGUGGAUUUCCUGUCCCAUGCUGCUAUUGUGGGAUUUGUGGCUGGAGCAGCCAUAGUAAUUGGUCUUCAACAGCUUAAGGGACUACUUGGGAUUAAUCACUUCACAAGCAAGACUGAUAUAAUAUCUGUGUUGGAAUCAGUUUGGAAAUCAAUUCAUCAUCAUUGGGAUCCUCAUAAUUUUAUCCUUGGCUUCGCAUUCCUCAGUUUCAUCCUAACUGCUCGAUUUCUGGGUAAAAAGAAACAGAGACUCUUCUGGUUGCCAGCCAUUGCCCCUCUCCUCUCUGUCAUACUAUCGACUCUUAUUGUUUUCCUGACAAAAGCGGAUAAACAUGGGAUUAAGAUUGUUAAACACAUCAAAGGAGGCUUCAAUCCAAGCUCAGUUCAUCAGUUACAGCUCACUGGCCCUUUUGUCGGAGAAGUGGCUAAAGUUGGACUUAUUGUUGCCCUUGUUGCACUCACGGAAGCGAUUGCUGUCGGCCGAUCUUUUGCAUCGAUUAAAGGAUACCACCUUGAUGGAAACAAAGAAAUGGUUGCCAUGGGAUUCAUGAACAUCAUAGGUUCUUUCACUUCUUGCUAUGUUGCAACCGGUUCAUUCUCACGUACUGCAGUAAACUUCAGUGCUGGUUGUGAAACUUUAGUCUCCAAUAUUGUGAUGGCAAUUACAGUGAUUAUAUCGUUGCAGUUGUUCACAAGGCUCUUAUAUUUCACUCCAAUAGCAAUCCUUGCGUCAAUAAUUCUUUCUGCUCUUCCUGGACUCAUCGACCUCAAUGAAGCUUACAAUAUUUGGAAGAUUGAUAAAUUUGAUUUCCUUACUUGCAUCGCAGCAUUCUUCGGUGUGUUGUUUGUCUCCGUGGAGAUUGGCCUUCUAGUUGCGGUAGGAAUAUCGUUUGCAAAGAUCCUUCUCAUCUCAAUUCGACCAGGCACAGAAACUCUUGGACGAAUUCCUGGAACUGAUAUGUUCUGCGACAUCAAUCAAUAUCCCAUGGCAGCAAAAACUCCCGGGGCCGUCAUAAUCCGUGUUAAAUCCGCCUUGCUAUGUUUUGCAAAUGCAAAUAUCAUUGUAGAAAGGAUCAUGACAUGGGUUACUGAAGAAGCGGAGGACACAAAAGGAAAUGCAAAAAGAACUAUUCAACUCGUAGUUCUUGACACUUCCAGUCUAAUGGACAUCGACACUUCAGGAAUUGCUAGUCUGCAGGAAUUGCAUAAGAAUCUCACAGCACAUGGAAUGGAGUUUGCCAUUGCCAGUCCUAGGUGGCAAGUCAUUCACAAGCUAAGGUUGGCGAACUUUGUGAGUAAAAUUGGAGGAAACGUUUUCUUGACUGUUGGAGAAGCUGUGGAUGCAAGUAUUGGUGGAAAAAGGGCUACCAUUCAAGCCUAAAUGACUCUGUCAAGAGGAGUACUUAAGGAAAAAUAAAUC